AUAGAAGCUCCGUCAUACGCCUGAUCAAAACUUACAUGCUAUUGUCAAGCUAGCUGUCUCGUUUCACAUUAGAAUGACGACGUUGGGAUGCAGAAAAAUAUCACCGUGAUAUGAAUGUAUCGGAAACACGCAAGAAUUCAGGCGGUGUCUCCGUCGCUGGGCAGAAAUUGCAGCUCUGACUCAUAUUGCACUUCUCAAUGAGGUACAGAGUUCAUGGCUCGGGUUGUUGGUCCCGCCUCUUCCUGUUCGGACCCCUGGCGGUCCGGGCGCGUGUGGUCCGGACCUACAGCGCCCGCCACCAACCCGGUGGUCCGUCGGGCAAGGAGCGAGCACUGUCUGUCUUACAGCACGCAGGUCGGUUGGGGCAGCAGUGGACUCAGAAGUCUACCCAGAUGGCCGCCGCCACCAUGAACACCUGGUGGGAGAAGUACGAGGAGUUUGUCGGCCUCAACGAGGUCCGCCACGCACAGACCAAAGUCACAGAGGCCGAGUCGGCCUUCCUGGUGUCGCGGGGGAUGGUGCGCGAGGCCCACGUGAGCCUGGAGGCCCUGCAGGGCCGCCUGAAGGAGGUGCGGGCCCGUCUGGACCGCGUGUCCCGGGAGGAGGCGCACUACCUGGAGCUGGCCACCCUGGAGCACAAACUGCUGCAGGACGAGCGGCGCCUCCGCACGGCGCACGAGCACGCCGAAGCGUCGGAGCGCGAGACCUUCGCCGCGUUCUCGGCCGCCGUGCGGGAGAGUCACGAGAAGGAGCGCACGCGGGCCGAGCGCACCAAGAACUGGUCGGUCAUCGGCUCGGUGCUCGGCGCCCUCAUCGGCGUCAUGGGCUCCACGUACGUCAACCGCGUGCGCCUGCAGGAGCUCAAGAGUCUGUUGCUGGAGGCCCAGAAGGGUCCGGAAAGCCUGCAGGAAGCCCUCAAAGUCCAAGCCAGGAACCAUCGCUCGCAGCUGGACGAGCUGGGGGCGCUCAUCGACAGCCUCCGAGGGGGCGCAGUCCCCGAGGGGCGCCGCCCCGACCCGGACGACCGCUCGCCGACGAGGGCCGAGGCGCUCCUGGAGUCCCUUUUACCCCGAGUGUCGGAGCUACAACAAGGCCUCGGCGGGGUCCGUGGCGAACUCACCCGCGUGACGAACCUCCUAGAAAACGGCUCGCGCCGGGUGCCCGAGCGGACGCCGGGGUCUGCGGAGGACGCGCGGAGGACGCCGGGCGAGCGCAUCGGUCGCAGCACGCUGUACAACGCCGCCUUCGCGUACACGGCCGCCGCGCUCACCGUCACGGCGGUGUACGCGCUGCUGAGAGGAGGAGCUUAGAGACGGCCGUGGUGGUUGCCGUGGCAACACAGGUGGGGGAGUCACGCUGCUUGACUCGAGACCGACGCGUGACUCGCUCGUAUGUGACUUAGCACCUGUGCCGAAUACUACUGAACUUGUGAUGACGUCACGCUGCAGCGGGACCAAUCGCAACUUAAAGAAGACCGAGUGCCGCUUUGCUCGUUUGUGAGCAUAGCGGGCGGGCAGCGUAGACUCUUGAAGUUCGUCAAUUAUGGAUGGAGCGUACACUUUGGAAGUCAACGCAUCCACGAAUCUUUAAAAAAAUUAAUAAAACCCAACAAUAAAGAAAAGUUAUGGCUUUCAGAAUUCUGUUUUUAGUAUUUGUAUAUUUAUCCUUUUGUUGACAAAUAACUCAUCCAUUACCUGUACAACUCAAUUGACAAAAUAUUUUCACAAGGGAAAGUAAGACUAAACAAUGAAGAUAACGUGGUUGCACUAGUGUGCACACCCUCUUAACUCUUGACUGUGGCCGUGUUCAGAAUUAACUCAUCACGUUUAUGUUAAUGAGAGUCAGCGUGCACCUGCCAGCAUUUAAAGUGCCUAUGAUCGUAUGUGCCCUGCCAUUGGCUGGCGACCAGUUCGGGGUGUACCCCGCCUCCAAAAAAAAUGGCACGAGAGCUGUGGCGAUUGAGUAGAUAUUUUUUCAAAUUCUUUUGACACUAAUCGGACAGUUAAGAGGUGUUGGUUGUCUGUACGUUUGAACUUGUGAAAUCUUACGCUAAAUCCUCCGCAGCAGCUGGCGAGUCAUUUCUUAGCGCGAUCAUCGUUCCGAGCAUCUCAUGCGGACAGGGAGAUCGACGCGCGCGUCACGUGACGCCACGCCUUCGGAACGCCAACGUCUACUUCACGUUUCUUUUGAACAUUGUUUCAUAGCAUGCGUUUCUGUCAGGAGAUAAAGACACUUAUGCUUGAGUGUAUUGAAACAAAUUGUUGACAUUUUUUUGUAUAGAUACAAAAAUCUCAUCUUUUGAAUAGUGUAAAAUUAAAAUGAUGUGAGUGAAACUAGGGCUUGUUUCCUGUAUUAUUUAGUUUUUGAGUAUAUUUUGUAUUUGAUUUCACAUACCUAGCCUAUUAUUAUUAAUAAUAAAUAUUGACUAGUUAUGUGAGUGAAAUUAAGGAUUUAGUUUUUCCCAUAAAUGUUAUUUUUGUUGUGUGUGUGUGUGUUCAUCAUAUGAUGCCAGUGCCUUCAGAUGUGCUUAUAACAGGGCUUAAACAUUUCAAAACAUUAAACUUACAAACAUA